AUGUCGCCCAAGACUUUUAUAAUUACCGGUGCCUCGAGAGGUAUCGGUCUUGCAAUCUCUAAGUUUCUUCUUACUGCGCCUCAAUCCCACAACGUGAUCGUGAUCGCCCGCAGCGUCGAGCCCCUCCAGAAGCUAAAAAACCAGUACGCCAAGCAAGUCGAGGUGCUAAAUGGUGAUCUCGCGGAUUUCUCUCUUGGUCAGAAGGCCGUCGAUCUAGCCUUAAAGUUAUUUGGGCGUCUGGAUGGAUUGGUUCUCAACCACGGCGUGCUAGGCCAAGUGGGCAAGAUCGCUGAGGCGGAUCCGGAACAAUGGAAGCAGGGAUUUGAUGUUAAUUUUAUUAGCUUGGUAGCUUUUGUUAAAGCUGGACUUCUUGCGCUUCGUGAAUCCAAGGGCAGGAUUAUCUUCACUUCGUCUGGGGCUUCCGUCUCGGCAUUUAAGGGAUGGGGUCUAUAUGGCGCGAGCAAGGCGGCUAUAAACCAUCUAGCUCUAAGUCUUGGGGAGGAAGAGCCCGACGUGACGUCCGUGUCGAUUCAACCGGGCCUGGUCGACACCGAAAUGCAGCGAGAGAUACGCGAAGAUCACGCUACCACUCUGGACCCUCAAUUCCAUGCGAUAUUUACUACAGUCCACAAGGAUGGAAAAUUGUUAAAACCUGAACAGCCCGGUCAUGUCAUGGCCAGAUUGGUGAUUAAUGCUCCGAACUCAUUAACUGGCAAGUUCCUAUCAUGGAACGACGAAGCUCUGGAAGCUUUCCAAUAG